AGACCAAAACGUUCCUUAGAUUGAAGAACUAAAAAGCAUGCGCUCCAUGGAGAGAGAGCAGUGUUAGCGCCAAGGAUGCGGAAGCGAAGCCCAUCGCCAUCAGAUUCAGCUUCGCCGCCGCCGCCGCCGCCGCCGCCGCCAGCGCCGCGAUGCAAGGUCUCCAUCACCACCCGCACCAGCUGCAGCAACACCAGCUAGCGGCUCUCCUCUCCGUCGCCCUCCCCAAGGACGACUCCUCGGCUCCUCCCUCCUCCUCCUCCCCCGCCGCGCCGUCGCCGUCGCCUUCUCCCCCGGCGGCGGCGGCGAAGCCCGUCCCCUCCGUCGAGAGCGACGAGUCCACCCGGCUCGGCGCCAUCGGCUCGCUCCACCGGGCGAUACUCUACCCGCCGAACUCCCUCCUCGUAGCUCACUCCGCGGCUUUCCUCUCCCAGGGCCUCUUGCAGCUCCUGUCCGACAAAUCAUACUCGGUCAGGCAAUUAUCUGCCACAGCAUAUGGGGCCCUCUGCGCUGUAGUUUGUUCGAUUCCUAUAGCAUCAAAUGGAAGACAAAACCAUGUCAUGCUUGGUACUAUGGUGGAUAGGUUCAUUAGCUGGUCAUUACCGUUGCUCAAUAACGUUAAUGCUGGUGAUGGUACAGCAGAACUGGCACUCGACAGCCUCCGGGAGUUUCUUAAUGUUGGGGAUGUUAAUGGAAUUGAAAGAUAUGCACUACCAAUUCUCAAAGCAUGCCAACAGCUACUUGAAGAUGAGAGAACCUCCUUGAGUUUAUUGCAUCGCCUUCUUGGCAUUAUAACUCUGAUCUCACUGAAAUUUUCUAGAUGCUUCCAACCUCAUUUUGUGGACAUCGUGGAUCUGCUUCUUGGCUGGGCAUUGAUACCGGACUUUGGGGAAUCAGAUAGACGUGUUAUUAUGGAUUGUUUCUUGCAAUGCCAAAAGCAUUGGGUCAGUAAUUUGCAGUUCUCGCUUGGACUAAUGUCGAAGUUCCUGGGUGACAUGGAUGCGCUGCUGCAGGAUGGGAGUCUGGGUACUCCACAACAAUUUCGAAGACUGCUAGCCCUGCUUUCUUGCUUUUCUACCAUCCUGCAGUCCACUGCUUCUGGGUUGUUGGAAGCAAAUCUUCUUGGACAAAUAAGGGAACCACUUAGCAAGAUGCUUCCACAGUUGCUAGGCUGUUUAUCUUUGCUCGGACAAAGAUUUGGAUGGUCAAAAUGGAUCGGGGAUUUGUGGAAGUGCUUGACUCUCUUGGCAGAAAUUUUACGUGAAAAUUUCUCCACCUUGUAUCCACUUGCCGUAGAUACUUUAUUCCAGAGCGUGAAAAUGAACAAUGGUCAUUCAGCUAUGGGAGCUGGAAAAAUAAGUUCAUUUCAAGUUCACGGAGUCUUAAAGACAAAUCUUCAGCUAUUAUCGUUGCAGAAGCUUGGCCUUCUCUCAUCAUCUGUGCACAAAAUACUGCCAUUUGAUGCCCCGGUAUCUCAGCUUCGUUUGCAUCCAAAUCACGUAGUGACAGCAAGUUGUGCCGCAACUUAUGUUUUCUUGCUGCAACAUGGGAAUAAUGAAGUCGUGCAACAAGCAAUGGACUCGUUGUUGGUGGAAUUGGAUAUGCUGAAAGGUAUGCUCAAAAAAGCUUUGGUGCAUGGAGAUGUUGAUGUUAAUGGUCCUCACCAGGAAACCUAUUCUAAACUCGAGUUGUUUGCUCUUAUUAAGUUUGAUCUGAAAGUGCUAUUGACCUGUGUCCUUUUAAGUGGAAAUGACAGUUUGAUUGAUCGACCAGAUGUCGCGACCUUGUAUCUUCAGAGAUCAGAAACAUUAGCGUGUUUUCUUCUUGAGCAUCUGAAUCCCUUGAACUUUCCUAUUGAGGCCUGCGUUGAUUUGCAAAUAAGUGUCAUGAUGACAUUAGAAAGGCUAAGUACAGUUGAGUUCUUGAGCAAAUGUGCCACGGGUGAUAGUUGUACUCGGAAUCCUUUAGUGGAUGUUGCUUCAGAAGACUUACUUACUGAUGCUUCGCUAAAGAAUCGGCUUUCAGCUAUAACUGUGGAGCACCUGAGGAAGUACUGUUGCCUCCUCGUCAAAGCUUUGCACGCAUCUUCUCCUCUUGCAGUUAAAUUAGCCGCGCUAGAGUGGGUACGGAGGUUCUGUGAAAAUGUCCUCGCUAUGACAGAAAAUUUGAACUCACGAACUUAUUUGUUUGAUUCUUUUAUAUGUACUGGGGAUCUCCGAAAUUUGAUCUUCUCUGUAUUGGAUGCUGCAUCUGAUAAGGAACCCAAAGUGAGGUCCCAUGUUGCAUUAGUUUUGGAGCUGCUUUUGAAAGCAAGACUAUUGCAUCCCAUUAACUUCUCUUUGAUAGCUCAAGCCGUCCUAGAAAGACUUGGUGAUCCGGAGCAUGAUAUGAAGACUACUUUUACAAAGCUUCUUUGCCAUGUAUUGCCUGCGAUGGUUUAUUCCUGUGGUCUCUAUGAGUAUGGUACUGGUGUUAUAUGCAAGCCUCUUAAGGGAAACAUUUCCAGCUUGCAUUGGAAGCAAUUAUUUGCUCUGAAGCAGUUGCCUCGACAACUUCAAGCUCAACAGCUUGUUUCCAUUCUGAGUUACAUUUCGCAGAGGUGGAAGGUCCCUUUGUCUUGUUGGGUUCAACGGCUCAUCCAUAGUUGCCGGAGAGUUAGGGAACCCUCUCCGAAUCAACUAGAGGAAAUCGGAAGCUUGGGCACUUGUGGUGCAUGGUUAGACAUUGAAGUGGACGAUAAUGUUCUUGAAGAAAUUUGUUCCGUGAAUGUCCUGGCAGGUGCUUGGUGGGCUAUACAUGAAGCGGCAAGAUAUUGUGUUUCGACCCGCCUCCGGACAAACCUUGGUGGACCCACCCAAACAUUUGCUGCAUUGGAGAGAAUGCUCUUGGAUGUUGUGCACGUGCUGCAGCUUGACAGCGAGCAAAAUGAUGGUAACUUAAGUAUGAUAAAUACUUCUGGUGCUCAUUUGUUGCCUAUGAGACUAUUAUUGGAAUUUGUAGAAUCCUUAAAAAAAAAUGUUUAUAAUGCCUACGAGGGAUCUGCUGUGUUACCAUCCGUUACUCGCCAGAGUUCCUUAUUUUUCCGGGCUAAUAAGAAAGUCUGUGAGGAAUGGUUCUCUCGUAUAUGUGAGCCAAUGAUGAAUGCUGGAUUGGCGCUAAAUUGCCACUAUGCUACCAUUCAAUACUGUGUCUUGCGAUUGCAAGAGUUAAGAAGCCUCGUCUCUUUGGCUUUGAAAGAAACGUCCAGGUCACAGAUUUCAGAGACUUUCCAGACUAUCAGGAGCAGAUUUUCUGAAGAUAUCCUAAGGGUAUUGCACCACAUGGCAUUGGCUCUGUGUAGGUGCCAUGAACCGGAGGCUCUGGUUGGCCUACAAACGUGGGUUUCAAUGACUUUUCCUUCAUUGCUUGUUGAGGAGAACCAGUUCAUGGAUCAAAAUGGGGCUUUGAGACCCUUAGCAUGGAUCACUGGGCUUGUAUACCAGGCAGAAGGUCAAUAUGAAAAAUCUGCUGCUCACUUUACUCACUUGCUUCAGAACGAGGAAUCUCUUAGUUCGAUGGGUUCGGCUGGGGUGCAGUUCGCUAUUGCACGUAUCAUUGAGAGUUAUUCUGCUUUAUCAGAUUGGAGAAGUCUAGAGUCAUGGUUGGUGGAAUUGCAAAUGCUUCGUGCCAGACAUGCUGGUAAGAGUUAUGCCGGUGCUCUAACAACAGCAGGUAAUGAAAUAAAUGCUAUCCAUGCCUUGGCUCAUUUUGAUGAGGGUGAGCAUCAGGCAGCAUGGGCCUCCCUUGAUUUGACACCAAAAAGUAGCAGUGAGCUCUCACUUGACCCCAAGGUAGCAUUGUUAAGGAGCGAGCAGAUGCUCUUACAGGCAAUGCUUCUUCAAGUGGAAGGAAAAAUAGAGAAGUUGCCCCAUGACUUGCAGAAGUCUAAACGAAUGCUGGAGGAAGCAUUGGCUGUUCUGCCUCUUGAUGGUUUAACUGAUGCAGCGGCAUAUGCUACACAGUUGCACUGUAUCUUGGAAUUUGAACGCGGAUUUACUCUCAGAGGAGGUCAGGACGAAUCCAAACAAUUCCAAUCAAUAUUGAGUUCAUAUGUCCAUCCAAUUCAACAUCCACUUAAUCUAGCGAACCAAGAUUGUUACCCAUGGUUAAAGGUUCUCAGGGUAUAUCGGACCAUCUAUCCAGCUUAUCCUGUUACAAUGAAUCUGUGUAUGAACUUGUUGCGUUUAGCUCGCAAGCAACAGAACAUUAUGUUGGCACGUCGUUUAAAGAGUUAUCUUAUAGAACAUGUAUCGAGAUGCUCAGAGGAGAGAGUGUGCAAUUCUUUAAAAUUGAAUUUGGAGUAUGAGGGAGCCUUGCUAAUGUAUGCUGAAAAGAAAUAUGAAGAUGCUUUUAAUAGUCUUUGGUCAUUUGUCCGUCCUUGCAUGAUAUCUUCAGCAUCGAAAGUUUCUGAUGCCGAUGAAAGUAUUCUGAAGGCAAAAGCAUGUCUGAAACUAUCAAACUGGCUACAAUGCAAGUAUUCAGAUAUUUCCCUGGAGAUGCUUUCUGCAAGGAUGCAAGCCGACUUUGAGAUAGCUGAUUGUUCUUUUAUUGGUAAAGGAGGGGUCCCUUUGAAUUAUGAUAACUUAAGCUCCCAAAGAGAUGCCAGCCUCAUUAUUGAAGAAAUCAUCAGUACAGCUACAAAAUUGUCCACUCGUCUUUGCCCAUUUAUGGGAAAGUCAUGGAUCUCUUAUGGCUCUUGGUGUUUUAAUCAAGCCCGGAAUUCCCUGCUCAAAUCAAAUGAAACUGCCCUUCAUUCAUGCUCUUCAUCUCCUUUUCUUGUCCCUGAAGUCCAACCGGACAGACUUAAGUUGAAUGAUGAUGAGAUGAUGAGAGUUGAGUCAAUGAUUUUGCAACGGGUUGGCAAGCUGGGUGAUGCUGCGGGCUUAAAGGAUAGAGUGGGAGAAAAGGAUGUUUGCCUUCUUUCUGCUGAAAAUUUGAGCAAUGUUAAUCUUGUGAAGGCUUUGUUGCAGCAAGCAGUGAAUAUCAUUGAAGUAACAGCAGGGGCACCUGGUGCUGAAGAUUCAGCCAGCGACUGCCUUUCUAGUUCUGUAGUUUCCAGGUUACAGACAUUCUUUCUACAUACAAAUAUUGGACUAGAAGAGAGAGACAUUGAAUGUCUUGUUGAUGAGUUAGUUGAUAUUUGGUGGUCUCUGAGGAGAAGAAAAGUGUCUCUUUUUGGCUACGCUGCUCAUGGAUUUAUACAGUAUCUUUCAUAUGCCUCAUCAAAUACUUGCAAUGGCGAAUUGAUUGGCUCAGGCUAUGAGUCAUUGAAACAUAAAAGCAGCAGUUACACUUUGAGGGCUACACUGUAUGUGCUGCAUAUUCUUCUAAAUUAUGGAGUGGAAUUAAAAGAAACUCUUGAACCUUCUCUUUCAGCAGUCCCUCUGUUUCCAUGGCAGGCAAUGACGCCUCAAUUGUUUGCUCGGUUAAGUUCUCAUCCUGAACAAGUAGUGAGAAGACAAUUACAAAGCUUAUUGAUGAUGCUGGGGAAGCGUUCACCCUGGUCCAUUGUUUAUCCUACCCUGGUUGAUGUAAAUGCUAAUGAAGACAAACCUUCGGAUGAGCUACAGCAUGUAUUGGGUUGUCUGCUAGAUCUUCACCCAAAAUUGAUUCAAGAUGUUCAGCUCAUGAUAAAUGAACUUAGUAACGUAACCGUUCUCUGGGAGGAACUCUGGCUUAGCACACUUCAUGAUCUUCACUCAGAUGUAAUGAGGCGCAUCCACAUUCUGAAAGAGGAGGCUGCACGGAUUGCAGAGAAUAUUACUCUCAGCCAGAGUGAGAAAAGCAAGAUAAAUGCAGCUAAGUAUUCAGCUAUGAUGGCGCCUGUUAUUUUAACCCUUGAGCGUCGCCUGGCUUCUACAACCCGGAAACCUGUAACGCCUCAUGAAACGAGGUUCCAUGAGCAGUACAUCGAGCAACUGAAAAGUACAAUUUUGACAUUCAAGAAUCCUCCUAAAUCUGCUGCUUCAGUUGCGGAUGUAUGGCGGCCAUUUGAUACCAUUGCUGCAUCUUUAACAUCUUAUCAGAGGAAGUCUUCAGUUUCCUUGGGGGAAGUAGCUCCACAACUUGCUCUCUUGUCAUCAUCUGAUGUUCCUAUGCCUGGGCUUGAGAAACUGGUCGCACUAUCUGAAGCAGACGGUGGCCUCACUGUUCUUCCCAGUGUUGUAACAAUUUCUUCCUUUUCUGAACAAGUAACAAUAAUAUCAACAAAGACUAAACCUAAAAAGAUCAACAUCAUUGGUUCAGAUGGUCAAAACUACCCUUAUCUGUUGAAAGGAAGGGAAGAUUUACGCCUUGAUGCCAGAAUAAUGCAGCUUUUGCAUGCUAUUGAUAGUUUAUUACAUUCAUCUCGCACGACUCGUAGUCAUUUGGUUGGUGUUCGCCAUUAUUCAGUGACUCCAAUCAGUGGUCGGGCUGGUCUUAUCCAGUGGGUGGACAAUGUGAUAAGUGUGUACAGUGUCUACAAGUGUUGGCAAGCCCGAGAUCAAGCAGCUGUACAGCCAUCUUCUGGCACUGGAAACACAAAAACGGUUCCUCCACCUGUUCCACGUCCAAGUGAUAUGUUUUAUGGUAAGAUCAUCCCAGCACUCAAAGAAAAAGGCAUAAGGAGAGUAAUAUCUCGAAAAGACUGGCCUCACGAAGUCAAGCGUAAAGUUCUUAUGGAUCUUAUGCAAGAAGUUCCUCGGCAACUUUUGUAUCAGGAGCUGUGGUGUGCUAGUGAAGGAUUCAAGGCAUUCAAUUUAAAGUUGAAAAGGUACUCUGGAAGUGUUGCAGCCAUGAGCAUGGUUGGCCACAUUCUUGGUCUUGGAGAUAGACAUCUAGAUAAUAUUCUCGUGGAUUUCCGUAGUGGAGAUAUACUUCAUAUUGACUACAAUAUAUGCUUUGAUAAAGGGCUGAGACUCAAGAUCCCAGAAAUCGUUCCUUUCCGACUAACACAGAUGAUUGAAGCAGCUUUAGGGUUGACUGGAGUUGAAGGGAUUUUCAAAGCUAACUGUGAAGCAGUUCUUGGUGUACUGAGGAAAAAUAAAGACAUACUCCUGAUGCUACUGGAGGUUUUUGUCUGGGAUCCACUUGUAGAAUGGACUAGGGGAGACUUUCACGAUGAUGCAGCAAUUGGCGGUGAAGAGAGAAAGGGCAUGGAGUUGGCUGUGAGCUUAAGCUUGUUUGCAUCUCGAGUGCAAGAAAUUCGUGUUCCACUGCAGGAACAUCAUGAUCUUUUAAUAUCUUCCUUGCCAGCUGUUGAAUCUACCCUUGAGAGGUUUUCUGACGUGCUCAACAACUAUGAACUCAUUUCUGCCCUAUUCUGUCGAGCUGAUCAAGAGCGGUCUAACCUUAUUCUACAUGAGACAUCCGCAAAGUCAAUCGUUGCUGAAGCAACUUGUAAUUCGGAAAAACUUCUUGCAUCUUUUGAAAUUCAGGCUCGUGAGUUUUCUCAAGCAAAAGCUUUGGUUGCUGAAAAAGCUCAAGAGACAACAAGCUGGAUUGAGCAACAUGGAAGGAUCCUUGAUGCUCUUAGGGGCAAUCUGAUAGCAGAUCUAAAUGCCUGGAAUAAUCUAAGUAGUCUCAGAGAAGCUUUGUCCCUUUCAUCAGCAGUCCUGGUGGCUGGGGUUCCACUUACUGUUGUUCCCGAGCCGACACAAGUACAAUGCACUGAUUUAGAUAGGGAACUCUCUAAGCUUGUGGCUGAGUUAGAUCAUGGUGUGUCAUCAUCUCUCACUGCAAUUCAGGUUUACUCUCUAGCUUUGCAGAGAAUUCUUCCUCUAAAUUACCUCACGACCAGCACGGUGUAUAGCUGGGCACAAAUUUUGCAGUUAUGUUCAGGUGUUCUUACAUCUGAUAUCAUUUCCAUUGCCCGAAGACAGGCUGCUGAAUUGAUAUCUAAGAUACUAAGUGAUUCUCGUGAUUCGGUCAAACAUGCUCAUGAUGAUCUGUGUCUAAAAGUCAGUAAGUAUGCCUUUGAGAUAGGGAAAGUUGAAGAUGAGUGUGCUGAGCUAGAGAACUCUGUUGGCUCUGAGGCUGAAUCUAAAGCUAAGGACCGUCUUCUCUCUAGUUUCAUGAAAUACAUGCAAUCUGCCACUGUAGAGAAGAAAGAUAAUUUACAUUCGCCGGUUUAUCCUGGUCAAUCUGAGUAUGAUGACACAAACAACGUGAGGUAUCAUAGCCAGUUAGCAGAAAAAAAAGAGAAGGCCUUUUAUGUGUUGAACUUAGCUGUUGCAUCUAUUUAUGAUGAUGUGAAAAAGAGGAUUCUUGACAUGGCUGAUGCCAACGGGAAAGGGAAUGGCAAUAGGUCUCUCGAUGAUUCCUCAUCUUUGUUUGGUGAACUCGAAGAGCUAGUAGAGAAAUGCUCAGUUGUUACUGAAUUCGUGAAUGAUCUACGGCAGUUUGCUGACUGGGAUGUUCCUUGCAGUGACACAAGUAUGGAAAGUCGGGAACCUUUUCCUGAAGAAAACUGGGCAUCAAUUUUCAAAAGCACUGUUGUUUCCUGUAAAAGCUUGGUUGAUCAAUUGUCUGAUGUUUUACCAGAUGUGAUCAGAAAUGUUGUUGCAUUCAAUUCAGAGUUUGCAGAUGUAUUUGGAUCGGUCUCACAAGUUCGUGGCACUAUUGACUCUGCACUCGAGCAGCUAUUGGAGGUUGAAAUGGAGCGGGGAACUGUCAUUGAACUUGAACGGAAUUACUUUGUUAAGGUAGCCCUUAUCACUAAGCGGCAGUUGGCUCUUGAAGAAGCGGCUCUUAAGGGUAGGGAUCAUCUUUCCUGGGAAGAGGCUGAAGAAUUAGCAUCUCAGGAAGAAUCUUGUAGGGCACAACUUGACCAACUCCACCAAUCCUGGAACCAGAGGGACAAACGUACUUCUUCUCUCAUUAAGAGAGAAACGGAUGUUGAAAGUGUCUUGAGUUCAUGUCAACGUCAUUUUCAAUCUUUAAUGAAUGCGGGAGAGGAAAUAGACUCGCUUGCUUUAAGAGGCCAAGCACUCUUGUCCACGUUGGUCAAUCCCUUCCAUGAAUUAGAAUCCCUGGACAAAGUUCUGUCUUCAGUUGGUGCUUCUUCUUUGCAUGCAGGCAUUAGGGAUCCUAAUUUAGCAGAUUGUUUAAGUUCUGGGCAAGCGUUAUCUGAAAAGGUCUGGAAGUUUGGUGGUUCUGUGAAGAAAAUGGGCUUCUUUAUUUGGAAAGUAUGUGUUCUGGAUUCAUUUCUUGAUGUAUGCACCCAUGAGGUGGCUUCGUCUAUGGACCAAAAGUUAGGUUUUGACCAGCUUGUCAACGCUGCAAGGAAAAAGCUUGUGCUCCAGCUUGAGAAACACGUUGGUCAUUACCUGAAAGAUUGUAUUCUGCCUAUAUUUAAGGCAUGGUUAGAGAAAAUGAAUGACCAUUCUAAGCAACUGAAUGGGUCGAGGAAGGAAUUAGUCUUUGAGCAGUCGCACAAAGACCUUGGGGCAGUUAAAAGGGUCCAGCUUAUGCUUGAAGAAUACUGCAAUGCACACGAAACUGCUCGUGCGGCAAGGUCGGCAGCAUCCCUUAUGAAAAGGCAGGUACAUGAGCUCAAAGAGAAUGUAAAGAAGGACUGCAUAGAGAUUGUUCAGAUGGAAUGGAUGUAUGAUGUUCUAUUGACCCCCUCAUCUAAUAGCCGGAUCACAUUGCAUAAAUUGCUAGCCAGUGGUGACAACCUGCAACAAAUCAUUCUCAAUCUCAACAGGCAAAGACUGUUGGAAGUAAUGCAAUCUGCUGUAUCCAGAAUAGCUCGGACAAUUGAGGGCCUGCAAGCUGUUGAAAGAACUUCCCUUGCUGCAGAAGGACAGCUGGAAAGGGCAAUGGGAUGGGCGUGUGGUGGUAGCUCUUCUGGUCUUGCCGGAAAUAGUUCCAGUAAAAUGUCAAAAAUUCCUCCUGAGUUCCAUGAUUAUUUAACGAGUAGACGGCAAUUGUUGUGGGAUGCAAGGGAGAAAGCAUCUGAAAUAAUCAAAAUUUGCAUGUCUAUACUGGAAUUUGAAGCAUCAAGAGAUGGCAUUUUCUGGGUUCCUGGAGGAGAACAUCCAUUGAGGAUGAGCAAUGAUUGCAGAGCAUGGCAACAAGCAAACUUAAGCUCCUUGACAAGAUUGGAUGUCACUUAUCAUUCUUUCACACGUAUUGAACAAGAAUGGAAGCUUGCACAAAGCAGCAUGGAAGCUGCUUCAAGUGGUUUAUUUUCUGCCACUAACGAGCUUUGCAUUGCUUCUCUCAAAGCAAAGUCAGCUUCAGAUGAGUUGCAGAAAACCAUACUUGCCAUGAGGGACUGUGCAUAUGAAGCUAGCAUUGCACUAUCUGCUUAUGGUCGAGUGUCAAGGGGUCAUACAGCUUUGACAUCCGAGUGUGGUUCCAUGCUUGAGGAGGUUUUGACAAUAACUGAAGAUCUACACGAUGUGAACAGUCUAGGAAAGGAAGCUGCUUCAAUGCACCAUUCUCUAGUGGAAGGCCUUAUGAAGGCAAAUGCAAUCCUUCUGCCACUUGAAUCAAUUUUGUCCAAAGAUGUAACUGCUAUGACCGAUGCUAUAGCAAUGGAAAGAGAGAGCAAAAUUGAAAUAUCACCCAUUCAUGGACAGGCCAUAUAUCAGUCUUAUCGUGCAAGAGUUGGGGAAGCUUGUCAAGCCUUGAAGCCAUUGUUACCAGCCCUUACAUCAUCUGUGAAGGGACUUCUCUCUCUCUUGACCAAGCUUGCGCGGACAGCAAGUCUUCAUGCAGGAAAUCUCCAUAAGGCUCUUGAAGGUGCAGGAGAAAGUCAGGAAGAAAAUUUACUGAGAACUGAUUUGUCAAGGCCAAAUUUUUCAGGCAAUGCCUCUUCCUUCAAUGACAGGGAGGAGGAAUUAGCAGCACCUGAUGAAGAAAUCACGCAGGAUUUUGUGAGCCUUGCCGGACUUUCUUUGCAAGAUAAAGGAUGGGUAUCUCCACCAGACAGCAUAUGCACUAGCAGCUUGGGAUCCUGUGUUUCCUCACCUGAAGCAAGUAUUGCAGAUAGUUUAAAAGACCUAGCAGAAGACAUCAACUCUAGCUGCAGAGAUGAUGGGGCUAUAUGUACGGAUACUUCAUCCCACAGUGAUCCCCGACAGAUCGCUAAAAUUACACAUGAAGGGGCCAAAUGUAGCCAGAGUAUUCCUGUAAUACCACUUACAGGUGGGACAACUGAGCAACCGAAUGAUGGGGCAUCUACAAGGGAUCAAGAUAUAGCUUUCCCUGUUUACACUUCAGACACCUUGAAUAAGGAAACAGAGCUGGAGUAUAGAGGUAAAAAUAAGAUGCCCUCUUCCCGAAAUAUCAUCGAUGAUGGAUGUAGUGAAGCUCCUAAUCCCAAUGGCCAUGCUGGUGGUCGAGUUGCCAGGGGUAAAAAUGCUUACGCAUUGUCAGUACUGAGGCGCAUAGAGAUGAAACUAGAUGGCCGAGAUAUUGAUGAAACCAGAGAAGUGAGCACAGCGGAGCAGGUGGAUUAUCUAAUCAAGCAAGCUUCUAGCGUGGAUAACCUUUGCAACAUGUAUGAAGGGUGGACACCGUGGAUUUGAGUUUGUGACGACAGCGAUUCGGAUGGGAUUUGGGAGCUGCAUUCUCAAAACAUCACAUGGUGCAAUGUGCAGCACACUGCAUUUGCAUGCAAAUUCCAACUUCUGAAGUCAAUGGAGUCAAAAUGGAUUCGAGCAACACUGGGAAUAAGCAAAUGGUGUGUCAAAGUGCUGGUUAAACUUGUCUCAAAUCUCGCUGUGUCUGGUGGGUGAGUUGCAGCACAUUGAUUGCCAGGUCCAUUUAGCACUUUGGUUUGGGUUUGGACUGGGAAUAUAAUUUCUGCUCAUCCUGGAUUGAGAAUAGCUCCAAAUUACUUGGACUCGCAUCGAGAGACACCAUGUGAUGGGAGUGCUUUACGCCUCUCCUCUCUCCCUGGGAACUGGUGGUCUCUUGGAGUCUCACGGCAAGAAGUUCUCGUCUGGUUUUUCUUCUUUUGAUGAUGAUGGCAGUACGAGGACUUGAAGAUCAGCCAUUUAAUUUCCUGGUUCCAUUAGUUGGAUAUCGUUCUGUAGCCGGAGGAGCCUUCUAGGUUCUCGAUUGGUUUAUAGAGUUGGAAAGAUGGACAGCUGUGGAGGCUCACACCGCACGUUGCGAAGGCUAAUCCGUUGGCUGGAGAAUGAUGGCCAGGGCAUGUCCAGUGGGAAAGCAGCCAAAAGAAGGAUUACUGCUCCCAGGAACAAUUCAUCGUAUCACAUCGGAACGGUUGCGGCCCAUCUGGAGAUUCAUGGGGUUCAGGUUGGUCCACCGUUCCCUCCAAUUUUAGGACAAUCUCUUUAGUUUAGUGAAAAUGGGUGAUUGCUGCAUGUCGAGCACUUCAGUUCGUCCCGUUUCUCUUGCAUUCUCAGUGAUAACGCGUCUGCAGGCCGAGUUACGAGCAACUGGAGUGUGUUGCGUCUUUUGUAGUUAAACUAUGUUUUUACCAAACUGUCGCCUUAUUAUACGAAAUUGUUCCCGCCUUUUGAAUCAUAUGUUAUCAGAUAUUUCGAAUAGGAAGUUCGCUUAAUACAAUCCGCAGUUAUUGCA